AUGUAAAAAAUUUUGGCAAUUGCAUUACUCAUCCUUUGUAUCACAGCUAGAAAGCAUCACAAAUAAGAGGAAGGAUAAACAGAUCCAAUGGCUUAAUGUCUAUAGGAUAAUUGUAUGGAUUAAGCAUUUGAAUGUGUCUUUAAUGAAUAAUGUACCCAAACCUUGGAAAGUUGUGAUAAAGAACACGGAGAUGCUAUAAAAUUAGAUGAUGUAAAUUUUAAUUUUAAUUACUUAGUUUGUUUCUUGCACUGCUAAUGAUGAAGUUGCUUCUGCAUUUGCUGCUUGCAUGAGAGACCACUGUGCUAGUUUGGAAUCAAUUAUGAGAUUUUUCAACAGAAGAAACUGAUC